GUGAAGAAAUCAGCCAUGAUGGUGGAAACUGAAUCGAGCAAUAUUGAGGACUCCAAUCGGGAAGCAGAACCUGCCCAGAUUUUGGAUGAUGAAGCAAAAAAGAAUCUACCAGUCAAAAAGAAGACUACCUGUUGUACUGGCUUGAAGACAUUUCUUGCUGCUUUGUCAUUCAGCUACUUGAGUAAAACGUUGUCUGGUACUAUUAUGAAAAGUUCCAUCACUCAGAUUGAACGAAGGUUUGACCUGACAUCAUCUACUGUUGGUUUCAUUGAUGGAAGCUUUGAGAUAGGUAACUUGCUGGUGAUUGCAUUUAUAAGCUACUUUGGAGCUAAACUUCACAGGCCCAGAGUAAUAGCUGUUGGAUGCUUUACUAUGGCUGUGGGAAGUAUUUUAACUGCAAUGCCUCAUUUCUUCAUGGGAUAUUAUAAGUAUGAGACAGCAUCACAUACAGCUUCUUCAGCCAACAUAACUUCAAGCCUAAAUCCUUGUUCCCUACAUCAAGGUGUGAAUGAAACUUUGUUGGAAGUCUCCCAAGCAGGCUGUGAGAAGGAACCAUCAUCAUAUAUGUGGAUAUAUAUCUUACUGGGAAACAUGUUACGUGGAAUUGGUGAGACACCAGUAACACCAUUGGGCAUCUCUUAUCUUGAUGAUUUUGCUAAAGAAGAGGAUGUUCCUGUAUAUGUAGCAUGUUUGCACACAAUAGCCAUGUUGGGCCCAAUGUUUGGUUUCCUGUUGGGAUCUUUAUGUGCAAGACUGUAUGUGGAUAUUGGAUCUGUGGAUUUAGGAAGCAUCACUAUCACACCACAGGAUUCCCGCUGGGUGGGUGCGUGGUGGCUCGGUUUUUUAAUAGGUGGAGCAACCAAUUUCCUAGCUGCUAUUCCAUUUUGUUUCCUGCCAAAGAGUCUGAAAAAGCCAGAGGAAGCAAAUAAUGACAAAUCUUCAUAUGGUCUCUUGGAAAACAUGGGUGCCACAAAAAAGAAACUUAGUUCUUCAAAACCCAAAACAAGGAAGUGGUCAGUAAUACUGAAAGAUUUCUAUACCUCCCUGAAAAAAGUAUUGGGUAAUCGAAUGUACUUUGCGUUUUUGUGUUGCUCACUGUUGCAGUUCAAUAGCUUUGUUGGUUUCUUGACUUACAAACCAAAGUACAUGGAACAGCAGUAUGGACAAUCUACAUCUAAAUCUAAUUUUCUAAUAGGAUUGACAUCCUUACCUCCUGUAUGUCUUGGGAUAUUCCUAGGAGGGCUCAUAAUGAAAAAGUACAAAAUGAACAUCAUUGUAGCAACUAAAUUUGCAUUUAUCAUGUCAUUUUUGGCCUAUGCCUCCACUCUAUUGCACUUUUUUGUUGGCUGUGAGAACUACAUGGUAGCAGGAAUGACAGUGUCCUAUGAAGGCAAACCCAUUCCGUACCAAGAAAAUGCUGUAUUUUCUGAAUGCAACUCUGACUGCAAAUGUGCCUCCAAUGUGUGGGAUCCUGUGUGCGGAGACAAUGGAAUCACUUAUGUUUCGGCAUGUCUAGCUGGGUGCACAGCUUCGGUGGGACAUGGAAAGAACACAGUCUUCUAUAACUGCAGCUGUCUUCAAACCAGCAGUUUGUGGACGGGAAAUAACUCUGCUACCUUGGGGCAAUGUCCAAAAAGUGAAGAUUGUUCAAUGAAGUUUAUUUAUUAUACAGUAAUACAAGUCAUAGGAGGCUUUUGUUAUGCAUUGGGAGGCACCCCAGCGUACAUGAUUAUGUUUAGAUGUGUCCAGCCAGAGCUGAAAUCUCUUGCAGUUGGGCUAUACACACUCAUCAUGAGAAUGCUAGCUGGGAUUCCAGCACCAGUUUAUUUCGGUGCACUGAUUGACAAGACAUGCUUGAAAUGGGGAAGCACAAGCUGUGGGCAGCGAGGUGCUUGCAGGUUAUAUGAUUCCGAUGCAUACAGGUAUGUCUACCUUGGUUUAUCAGCAGUGUUAAGAGGUCCUUCCUACUUAAUUUCAAUCAUUUUUUAUAUAUUGAUAAAGAAACACUUUGAAAAUAAGAACUCCAGGCCUAUAGAGAAUGGAGGAAGAGAAGAUGCUCUUAUGAAUAAAGAAGAUAAUUGCAAUAUCAAAGAACGCUUGCCAGGUUCUUCUGAUGCAGAGAACGAAUCAUGCAUUUAGAAAGCCAUUUAGACCAGUGUUCCAUGAGUUAGGACAGCUUCUCUUAGAAACAACUUUCACAAUGUUAUGAAUAACUAAGUAGUAAAUAAUAACUCUGUUCAGCAAGUAAAACUAAUAGCAAACCUGUGAUCAACAACAAGAAAAACUAACAUACAAGUAUGAAAGUGCCUUAUGUGUACCUGGUUACCAACAACAGUCAGAGCAAGUUAUAUGAACUGAACUGAAUUCUCAACAAAUAAAGGAAAACCUCCCAUGGCAUUUCCAAUAAAGCCAGUCAGCAAUUUUUAAAGGGUUCAGGGAUAGCUGCUGGCAGGACAGCCACAUGCCAAAGGCCCACAAAGUGUGGUGCUGAUCCUCUAAACAGAUCGGUGAAGUAGACUGCCACAGGAAUGACAAGCUCAAGGCUAACAGCAGUUCUUUUAUUUCAUCAAAUUCAAUCAGAACUCGCAGUAAACCCAAAGCCUAUAAGAAAAAUAUUUUCUCCUUAUCUAAACAAAUCAUGACAACAAUCUUCCAUCACAAAAUUGACAAAAGCAGUGUUUUUCCAAGAAGCAUUUUAUCUUAGCCCAGCUGAAAAUUUUAUUCCUACUUGAAACUAAAAAUACAUUGCCAUAAAGGAAAUAAUUGGUUUUUAAAAUCUCAAGCUCGAAGAAUUUUAUUAAAAACUCGUCUUCUUUCGUUAACUGGCUAUGAAACAAAAUAAAUAUUCUGAAUUUUGUAGUGAUGUUGUUUUCAAAGCAAAAUCCAUCCAACAUAUGCUCGUGUCUUGAUUGCUAUUCCCAGUACUGCCCAGCAGAGGACACUCAAACAACAACGCUACCCCUAUGACUACUGCAAAUACUCGAUAUGUUUGUCGUUCAGCCUUUAUUGUUUCGGGAAAGGUUCAUCAUCAGUCAAGCAAAACACUCAUCUGUAUUUUCAUGCACCUUAAAACUUUCUCAGCUCAAGCCUUUAGCUCACAUAUUCAAAGCUGCUUUUGUGUAUUUGCGGGUUUGUGUUCAUCAUAUUUGCGUCACUUGGAGCUUGACAACCAUUGUUACUUUAAAUAAAAAGAUGUGUACUUGGA